GUGGAAGACGAGGAAAGCGAACAAGAAAGAAGGCUUCUUGUGAAUAAGAGUUGGCGGUACUUUAUUUCCAAUGUCUUGCGGAGUUUUGAGAUGUAGACACGCAUAGCCCGGGCCAGAGGCGAGUGUGAUGGACAUCGAGCAUGAGCGAGGAAUAAAAAAGAAAAAUCAGUUUGUAAUGUCAGGGAUGGAACAACUACCAGACCAACAUGACGGCGGUGUUCGACCAGCUACUGCAGGAGGAGGUGUUCGUUGACGUGACGUUAUCGUGCGAGGGCGGGCAGCAGCUGCGCGCCCACAAGGUGGUGCUGGCCGCGUGCUCGCCGUACUUCCAGGCGGUGCUGCAGAACAACCCCUGCAAACACCCGAUCGUCAUCCUGCCGCGCGACGUGGCCUUCGCCGACCUGCGGGCCAUCAUCGAGUUCGUGUAUCGCGGCGAGAUCGACGUGGCGCAGGAGCAAAUCAACUCCCUACUGGCGGCCGCCGACACGCUGAAGAUCAAGGGCCUGUGCGAGGUCGGCGACGACCCUACACAUGUACCACCGGGCUUCACCGCUACUCCUUCGUCGGCGUCUCGGCACGCCGCCAGCGCCUCCUCCUCGGGCGGGCUCAACGCCUCGUCUUCGGGGAGCAGCCACACACCCAGGGGGCGGGGGAGCUACACCCGUGGCCGCUACAACACAUCAUACCGCCCCCGCGGACGCCCGCCGCUCUACGGCAGACAUCGCUAUGAGCGACCUUCCCCCAAUGCACCGCGCUCCAACGACCAUCAUGAUCACCCGAAUUCCAGUAAAAGGAUCAAACUGGAGAGCACAGAGGAGGACGGCCACGGAAACGCAGGCGGCGGCGGCGAGGAAGGGGACGGGUCCGUGCAGCAGCGUCCGUCCCACCACCCGCACUACGUCCACAACGGUACGUCCUCCGCCCCGCACGCCCCCAACGCCCACGCCACCAGCUACGGGCCCCGUUACGAGGGCGCCGGCACCUCCCACGGCGGCGCCGACUACGACGGCACUUACGGCGGUUACCCCAAGACGGAGGGGGACCAGGGGCAGCACCUCCCCCCAGACCACCUCUCGUCUGACCACCUCCCCUCUGACCACCUCCCCUCAGACGCCACGGACGCCAGCGGCCAGAGAAUGACGGUAACGCCAGAGCUACUGGGUCUCAUGCCAUCCAACGCAACCUCACAUUAUUCGUCAGACACGGACAGUCUGUCGGGGACGCCGGGCGCCCGCAAGCUGUGGACGGACGAGGACAUGGACAAGGCCCUAGAUGCCCUCCGCAACGCCGCCAUGUCCCUGAGCAAGGCGGCGCACGUGUACGGCAUCCCCGCCACGACACUGUGGCAGCGCGCCCACCGCAUGGGGAUCGAGACGCCCAAGAAGGAGGGCCCAAACAAAACGUGGAGCGAGCAUGACCUCGCCGGGGCCCUCGAGGAGCUCCGCACCGGCAGGAUGUCUGCCAACAGAGCCUCCAAGGAGUUCGGGAUCCCAAACUCCACCCUGUACAAGAUCGCGCGGAAGGAGGGCAUCAAGCUCUCCUCGCCCUUUUCCGCCAUCCAGCCCUCGUGGAACCCCGACGACUUGACGAAGGCGCUGGAAGCUAUUCGGGGUGGAAUGAGUGUGCAGAAGGCGGCCCAGGAGUUCGGCAUCCCCACCGGGACUCUGUACGGGCGCUGUCGGAGGGAGGGGAUCGAGCUCAGCAAGUAUCAGGGAGUGCCGUGGUCGGAGGAGGACAUGAAGGACGCGCUGGAGGCCGUGCGGGUGGGCGAGAUGUCCAUCAACCAGGCCGCCAUUCACUUUAACUUGCCUUACUCGUCUCUGUACGGGAGGUUCAAGCGCGGCAAGUACGAGGACGGCCUGCCCCACCAGGAUUUCCUCCACCAGGAGAUGACGGUGGAGCACUACCCCGCGGACCCCCAGCAGCCCGCCCAGAACCCUCAGCAGCCCCCGCAGCCCCCUUCACCCCAGGACCGCCCUCGGAGCAAUAUUGACUAGAUGAAGGGAACACUGGCCGCCACA